UACAAACGUGGCGGUCGAAAGUUAAAGUGAAAGUAGCGGUACAGAAAAUGUUCGCAGUGAGAUGAAAAUCAGCCUGAACAAAACCAAUUGGAUAGCGACCGUGAGGUGGGGUCAAAGAACUCCAGUUUUCUUUGGUUACAAUUGGUGUUUUUUUUCUAUUUCACUUCUAAAGUCACUGAAGCAGACGACGGCAUAGCAACAACAGCAUGAAUUUAAACCGGUUCUCAGUAGUAGUGUUACAAUAAUACGGACUGUUACUCACAGCAGAUUUGCAGGUGUGAAUCUUCUUGUGACUCACACUAAAGAGCUGUCAUGGCAAAAGUUGAGUCAGACUUUGACUUGGUGGAGGUGGGAAUCUUUGGAAGAGUUCAAGUAGCACCUCGCAGUUGUAAUUCAGAUUGCAAAGGUCCUCAGAUACCCAGAGUCACGCUGCCGUUCGGCUUGCCUCCAAUUCUCGGAAGCUUACACGAUGAUGUGGAGAGGAAUUUGUUACACCCAGAAGAUCUGCCUAUAUAUGAUACAGACAGGGCUCAGCAAUUUUGGCCACGACGUAUGGACGCUGAGAAUUUGUUCUCUCUGGACACAUGCCCUGUCCAGACCACCAUACAUGUAGAGAGAGAUCCAACAUCAGGGAAACUCCUUAGUUUUAAAGAGGACUUUAUCUUGGACACUAAGAUCAAUGCCCAGAACUCUCUGUCCAUGAGGAGGCCUCCGGGACCCGAGUCACAGGACAUUAAGGGCAGUGGGAGUAGUUACCCCUUCUGGCCAGGUGGCCUUGAGGAGCCUACAUUGGGUGACCUGAAGAAUAUUGCCAAAGAUACCAAAGACCUAUUUUCUGAACUUUUGACCACACCACCUGGAUUUGAAGCUGGAAUGGACUUCACAGAAGGAGUCGAGGGUGAAAACACAGGAGAGUUAUCCAAGAAAGGAGAUAAUCAGAUGAGGACAAGUGCACCUGGUAUUAUAAAGCUAUCUGACAUACUGGCUCAGAGUGAGGAGUUUGAUUUUGCGGAAGAUGACACGAGUCAAAAUGAUAUAUCAGGCACUCCGGCUGUUGCUGCUGAUGACAAACCCCAGGUACAGAGAAGUGAGAGUCUGGAGAAGCUAGUUGAGGACUCUGACAGUACCAGUGGGAAAAUGCCCGUCCCUGACACCCCAGCUGCUACACCCGUCACACCAAAGGUUGAGUGGGCGGUCAAGGUGGACAUCAACAGACCUGUGGAUGACUUCCACAAGAGGGUACCAGUGAUGGCUCGUGUGUGGCCGUUUGAGCUGGACACAUUUCAGAAGCAGGCUGUUCUUCAUCUGGAGCAGCAUGAGUGUGUGUUUGUGGCUGCCCACACAUCAGCUGGGAAAACAGUGGUGGCCGAAUACGCUAUAGCCUUAUCACUCAGACAUCUCACCAAGACUAUCUACACUUCCCCGAUAAAGGCCUUGUCCAAUCAGAAAUUCAGAGAGUUUCGUAAUGCGUUUGGUGAUGAGAAUGUGGGGUUAGUGACGGGAGACGUUCAACUUAACCAGACGGCUUCCUGUCUAAUUAUGACCACGGAAAUCCUCAGAUCAAUGUUGUACAAUGGCUCGGAUGUGAUCCGUGAUCUGGAGUGGGUGGUGUUUGAUGAAGUCCAUUAUAUAAACGACACCGAGAGAGGUGUGGUUUGGGAGGAAGUACUGAUCAUGUUGCCAGAGCACGUCAAUAUCAUCUUGCUUAGCGCUACCGUCCCGAACACCAUAGAGUUUGCUGAUUGGAUUGGAAGAACAAAACAGAAGAAGAUCUAUGUGAUUAGUACCCUGAAGAGGCCGGUGCCGCUAGAGCAUUAUCUGUACACGGGAAACAGCAACAAGACCAGCAACGAACAGUUCUUAUUGGUCGAUGCCAAAGGAAGCUUCUUAACACAGGGAUAUAUGAAGGCAGUGGCAGCAAAGAAAGAGCGAGCAUCAAAAGCAUCUCAGAAUUUUGGAGCGAAGGGUACAAGAGGAGGUCAUCCUCAACAGGACAAGAACACCUGGAUUUCCCUGAUUGACAUGCUGAAGAAGAAAGACAAAUUGCCAGUGGUCUCAUUCAUAUUUUCUAAGAAGAAGAUCGAGGAAAACGCGAGCAUGCUUCAGGGUGUUGACCUGACCAAUCAGAGCGAGAAGAGCCGAAUCCACAUAUUCUUCCAUCGCUGUAUUUCACGCCUGAAGCCUAGUGAUCAAACUUUACCUCAGGUGAAACGAAUGGAGGAUAUGCUGAAGAGAGGCCUGGGCGUCCAUCAUAGCGGAAUACUACCUAUCCUGAAAGAAGUCGUAGAGAUGCUGUUCCAGGAAAAUCUUGUCAAGGUGUUGUUUGCAACGGAGACAUUUGCCAUGGGUGUGAACAUGCCGGCAAGAACAGUGGUGUUUGACACAAUCCGCAAACAUGACGGCAAGGGUUUUCGUAACUUGUUAGCAGGGGAGUACAUCCAGAUGGCUGGCCGUGCUGGAAGACGAGGGCUUGACACGACCGGCACUGUCAUCAUUCUGUGUAAGGGCGACGUCCCGGAGACCAGCGAACUACACAAGAUGAUGCUGGGCAAGCCGACAAAGCUUGAGUCUCAGUUUCGCCUGACGUAUUCAAUGAUCCUCAACCUGCUGCGCGUGGAGCAGCUGAAGGUGGAGGACAUGAUGAAGAGAAGUUUCUCAGAGUUCCACAUGCAGCGUGAGACGCCCAAACACCGUGCUGACCUGGAGGUGCUCCGCCACAAGGUCGCAGAGGUGAAGACGAUUGAGUGUUACCUGUGCUGUGAGGACCUAGAGAGGUAUUACCAGGCCUGUCAGGAGUUCCAUAAACUGAGGAGACAUCUACAGGCAAUUGUGCUCACUCACCCUACAGCCCUUAAGGCCUUAGCCCCUGGGCGGGUAGUCAUAGUUGAUACAGAGAAGGUGAAGAAUGUCUUGGGUAUUGUCCUGGCAACAACAUUACAGGCAAAUAAGGAGCGCAAAUUCACAGUGUUGGUGAUGUGCGAGAAAACGCAACAUUCUACGUCGGAGAAGGAAUCAGAAAGUAGCUCCGAUGCAACGCAGACGUUGGUUACCCCGGUGACAAAGAUGUCAGUGUUCCUACCGGAAGGGCCGUGCGGUCACACGCUGGAAAUGCUCAGCCCAGAGCACAUCAGGGUGAUUACAACAACAACGAUAAAGGUAGAACCAGAAAAGAUCAUCAAUGAUGUGAAGAAGAGGGAAAUGCUGCGAUUCAGGGAUGAUCCUCCUGGAAAAUCUGUAUCUAUAGCUACACAGGAGUUGCUUCGUUUGGCAGAGGCCAAUCCCUCCGGUUUGGAUGGCCUUGACCCUGUGAAGGAUCUUCACAUUCGGGACAUUGAGCUUGUGGAGCAGUUCAGAGCUUUGAAACUACAACAUGACACGUUUGACCAAUACCACUGCAUUCAUUGCUCAAAGUUUACUGAACAUUUUGAUCAGAUGCGUAGUAACAUGAACCUGAAGGAAGAAUUUCGUAGGCUGCAGUACCUCUUGUCUGAUGCCAGCUUAUCUCUGUUACCUGAAUAUGAUCAGAGGCUACAGGUGUUGAAGAAACUGAAAUAUGUGGAUGAGCGCGGCUCCGUUCAGCUGAAGGGUCGCGUUGCAUGCGAGAUCAGCAACCAUGAACUGAUGAUCACGGAGCUGGUGUUUGAGAACAUCUUCACUGACCUUCACCCUGCUGACAUUGCUGCUCUCCUCUCUGGCUUUGUCUUUCAGCAGAAAAACUGCAGCGAACCCAAUCUCACAGACACAUUGGAAAGGGGCAGAAAGCAGAUUUUACAAUUGAAGGAGACAAUAGAGCAUCUUCAGAAAGAUGUGGGAAUGCAGUCGACAGUUGGAGCAGAGAGGAGUGACCAGAUCUACUUUGGGCUGAUGGAGGUUGUGUUUGAGUGGGCCAGAGGCAUGCCUUUCUCUGAAAUCACGACUCUGACGGAUGUGCAGGAAGGAAUCAUAGUACGCAGCAUUCAGCGACUGCACGAGAUUCUGCGUGAUGUCAAAGGUGCAGCGAGGAUCAUCGGCGAUCCUGUGCUGUUCCAGAAGAUGGCCGAGGCAGAAAGUCUGAUCAAGAGAGAUAUUGUCUUUGCUGCCAGUUUGUACACACAUUGA